UUGUUUCUGGUCAAAGACUUGGAUUUGGGAAUAAGAAGAAAAAUAAUUACGCGGAGGAGGGACAUAGCUAGUUUGCAUAUUCCAUUGGAUUGAUUUUACCCAGGGACUUCAAAGACGGAUUGAUGAAGAAACUCAUAACUCGAGGAGCCUGUGUAUUGAAAACCAAAGGAGGAGCUACCGAAUGACUACUCGUAUGACAAUUUUGGAGAGGAACUGAAACAGUGGUGUCAUCAUGACAAUUUAAAACUAGUCAAGGAUCCAUUGGUAUCAUUUUUUAGCCGAGAAAUCUUUUUUAGUAAAGUUGAUGAAAGUUCACCAGCCAGUUUAUGUUUCUAAUAAUUCAAUCCAGAGGUCAGUGUAUGAACAGGUGAGUCGGCUAUCAUGCAAGGCUUAAAGAAGUUCAAACAGGUACCUUAUCUUCAUGUGCAAUCCAGAGUGCUCAUUGCAAUUAAUGAUGAUUAUGCUUCUAAAAAACUGGGUGGUAUAGUUAAUUUUGGAAAACACCGGCGAAGCAGAUGGGAUCCACAGCCUGAGGGAGAUGGACAUACAAGUGAAGAUGAAAAGAUUCAUAAAGCAAGCAAAACCCGGUGGGAUAGCAAUGAAUCCAAAUUGAAAUUGUCGGGUUCUGUUGAGGUUCCUGUCGGAUUCAAGUUGGAUCCUGAAAUUCAGAAAUUAAAAGCUGAACUAUCAGAGAUUGAUGAAAAGCUGCAGAAAUACGAACUUCAUGAUGAUAGGCCUAAACAUGAAAGAUCUCCUUCUCCCGAACCAUUGUACAACAACUUUGGAACAUGAAUAAAUAAAGGGGAAAUGAGGCUUCGUCAAAAACUUAUCCUAAAACGUCUAGAUAUUACAUCAAGGUUGUUUUAGAAAAACCCUGAUUCAAAACAAAAUAACACGCCAGUGCAAAGUUCUGUGAAAAGCAUUUUGUACUGGUGAAAGAAUAUCCUGGCUACAAUUUCAUUGGGCUCAUCCUUGGUCCUUAGGGAAACACACUAAAGAGGAUGGAGAAAGUGGGGCUAGGAUUCUUUUAAGAGGUAAAGGCUCUUUGAAAGACCUUAAGUGUUCCUCCGAAAAAGAAGAUUUACAGGCACAUGAUAAAGAAUCAUUAG